AAGAAAAGGCCGCUCCUCCAACAUGACAGUUUGGAACGUUGGAGGCAUUGUAUCUUGGAAAGGCCUCAAAUUCGACUCUCAUCAUCAUGUUCUCUUGAUCUGUUUGUCUGUUCCUUUUGUCUGAUCAGAAGGUGUCUUUGUAAUCUAGAUAUCUUCAGUGGAGUCACGAUAGGAACCAAUAUCUGGUCUAGACAACAUCAUUAUCUCUCAUACCCGAACUGAACCCUUUCCAAUACUUCAACUCUGACUCCUCCAAUCUUCAACCUCUCUUAUCAAGUCCAAUCACACCAUCCUCAUCUCCAUCUUCCCCACCAUCUUAGUCAACAAAUGAAUACCCGUCGCCUAUUCACUACCGCAUUCAAGACCCUCAACGUCUCUUUGUCAACCUCACACUCAAACUACUUCACUCCCCUCUUUCGCCCCCUCUUCACUCGUCGCACAAUGGCUUCCGCCGCUGCCAAACGUCUCACUGGCAAGACAAUCCUUGUCACUGGUGCAUCCUCCGGCAUCGGCCGCUCCACGGCUCUGGAGUUCGCUCGGACUGCGCCCAAGAAUGAUCUUCGUCUCAUCCUCACUGCACGCCGUGUUGAUUCCCUCAAUGCACUUGCUGAAGAAAUCAAGAGGGAGGUCGGCGAUGGUGUCAAGGUUCUGCCGUUCAAACUCGAUGUGAGCAACCCUGCUGAGGUUAAGGGUAUUGUCGGCAACUUGCCCGAGGAGUGGAGGAACAUUGACGUGCUCGUCAACAAUGCAGGUCUGGUCAAGGGUGUUGCUCGUGCCCCUGAAAUUGCUGAGGAGGACAUCAAUGUUAUGUUCCAAACAAACGUCACAGGUCUCAUCAAUAUGACCCAGGCUAUCCUCCCCAUCUUCCUCGCCCGACCAGACGGUGGCCACGGCGAUAUCAUCAACGUCGGCUCCAUUGCUGGCCGAGAGCCUUACCCCGGUGGUGGCAUCUACUGCGCUACAAAGGCCGCUGUUCGCAGCUUCACUGACAGCUUGCGAAAGGAGCUCAUUGCCAGUCGUGUCCGUGUUAUUGAGAUUGAUCCCGGUCAGGUCGAAACUGAGUUCUCCGUGGUACGAUUCUAUGGCGACAAGGAAAAGGCCGAUGCUGUCUAUGCCGGAUGUGAACCUCUCACCCCCGACGACAUUGCUGAGAUCAUCGUGUUUACCGCAACUCGCCGAGAGAACGUCGUUGUUGCCGAUACGCUAGUCUUCCCCAGUCAUCAGGCUGGUGCUGGUAUUAUGCACCGAAAAACUUAGACAGUCGAAAGUAAACAUAAUAAACAGCCAGCAUAACAGCGAUUCAAGCGAACAGAUGGUACAAUUACUAUAUGAGUUGUAUUAAAUAAAAGUCUUAGUUAUAGAUAGAUAUGAUGGCUUAAACCGCUAUAUUCGACACAAACUGGUAUCAAGUGCAUCCUGUUUACAAAAUGUUCGGAAAUUUCUCUUGCCCACAACUCAUUUGUCCCCGAAGAGACAUGAAUCCAUGACGGUUCUAAGUUGCAGGCCUUCUAAGACCGAAGGAUUAUUCUACCAACGUUCCGUUAAGAACCCAUUCUGGGAUGAAUCGGGCCCUUGCCGUCAACAAGUGACAGCACCGCUGGGUUGCAUUUAACUGAUCCAGGACAAAAGGCUGGCGCUACAUCACAUCACAUCACGAACCCAAACGAAAAGACCAGGAACUGAAAUCGUAAUUCAUCACCUACUCUGCUUUUUUGUCGGAAUUUUCAUCCUCAGAUUCAAUGGUCCAGCAUAGGGUACCGAUAUGUCCUUGCCCCCAGACGCCUCGCUAAAAAUGAAUAGUAAUCAUCAAAACACAAAUGGUAGUGUCGAUAAGCACUUAGCUGCCAAGGCAGACUAGGCACGAUUGCGUAGCAACGGGUGACUGUGUAAGAUUGGAAGCAUUGCGAUGCAGUCCUAUCUAAUCACCAUAAUGUUGGAAGAGAGGCGAAAGAGCCUCGCCAUAGUGGUUACGUCGAAUGGCCUCCGCCAGUAGGAAUGAGAGGUCGAGAACCACGAGCUUGCUGAUGCUGCGUGCCCUGUCCUUAUCAAUUGGAAAGCUGUUGGUCACAACAAUUUGGUCGAUGCACUCGCAUGCUUGCAGUUGUUCCAGGCUGUCGCCGCCAAAAACACCAUGCGUGGCCAUGCAAUAAACCUUCUUUGCUCCGCCUUUCUUGACCACCGUCUCGGCUGCAGCGAUCCAAGAGCCAGCCUUGUCAAUCAUGUCGUCCACGAUAAAAACGGUCCGAUUCUUGACGUUUCCAACUAGAGUGAUAAGAUGCUCGGCACCUGGAUCCUCGAAUGCGUUGUCCUCCUCAUCGGAACUUGCCGCAGCGUCGCCAGAUCCUCCAAGAGAUUGAGGCUCAGGGACGAAGAAUGAUGAAGCAUGAGACAUAGUCAUAGGAUCAUCUUCCACACUGCCAUCGACAACAGAUCGAUCAGGAGACGGAUAGUCAUCCUCGACGAUACGACCUUGAACCAAACGGCCCUGUGUAACCUCAGACGCUUUAUGAUCAUCAUAAUCCGCCUCGCCAUCGGCCGAACCAUCGGGUGAUCCAGCAGGGGGGGUAGUGUUAGGAUCCGCAGCCUCGGCAGCGUUGGGAGUGACUGAACGAGCAGAGCUGUUGACCCGUGUGGGAGAGCCCUGUGGGUUCGUCACAAUUCGCGUGGAGCGAGGAGGGGGUGUCUGCCUCUUAGGGGUAGCCUCGGACUCGACAGCACGUUCGGAAGCCGGCGGUCCGCGGUAGGGAAUGGGUCGGUUAGACUCCAACGGCGUGGGUUGACGCUCGACGUUAUGAUCGAAGUGCCUCAUGAUCAUGCUCGCUGUCAUGUUACUCACACGCUUCCUGUCUGUAGUAACAAUCCCGAAAUUAAGCUUGAGAGCAUCCGCAAGCGAUGUCACUCGCUUCGUUCCUCCAGCGUUCUUGGAGACCACGACCGCUUCGCGCCAGUUAGACACGUUGUGGCGGAUCCACUUCGCGAGGAUAGGCUCUGCGUGCAGGUUGUCAACGGGACACUUGAAGAAGCCCUGCAUCUGCGAGGCAUGAAGGUCGACAGUGAUAACGUGCUUAACGCCAGCAACACCCAACAAGUUGGCAAGCAUGCGAGCAGUAAUCGCACCUCUAUGCGAUUUCUUUUUUGACUGGCGGCUGUAGGGAAAAUAAGGAAGGACGGCUGGACGUAACAAGUAAGCCGAUUGAGGUCUCAAACAGGGGACGAGAACCACGAACCAGUGACUUUGUUAGCAGAACCGCCUUUGCAGGCCGAGAUCAUGAUGAGAAGCUCCAUGAUGGAGUCAUUGAUGCUGGGGCUGCCUGAUUGGACAACGAAGACGUCCUUCUCUCGGACACUUGUCAGAAUUCUGACGCUCGUUUCACCCUUGGGCACUGGUUAGCUCAAAGCACGCAGCUUGUUUUACUGCCAAACAUGGGCCUGUAGAGGAGUAAUCGUGAUGGUUGGCCAAAGAAGGGUCAUGUUGAAUGACCAUGGCUACGAGCACGAGGGCAAGGGAAGCUCACAUUGGAGAACUGGGUAAGCUCAGCGCUGGCAGGAUGCAUGCCCAGAUUCUCGCAGAUUUGACCUGUGAGGACUGGGCAGGAAUUGCCUGCGAAGAUCAGUGUAUUGCGCAUCUUGACCAGCCCAUCGACCGACGUGGAAGGGUGAAGCUUUGAAGGCAAUGGAGGAAGAAAGAAA